AGAGUUGUUUCUCUAUGAUUUCGUGUGCGGUGGGAGGAAUAAUGGCGGGGCGGGCCUAGCCGUGCGGCGGUUACCGAGAGCCUUGGGUCGAGCUACAUGGUUGGAUCCCGUAUGUGCUUCAAGAAGCCGGAAGCUGCUCCAUUUAAACCAGUCAUUACAGCAGGUUUUAAUCCAUGGUGUAAGUUUGAUCCCAUGCUUGUAAGAUGACUACCGCUGCUCGACCAACCUUUGAACCCGCAAGAGGCGGAAGAGGAAAAGGAGAAGGGGACCUAAGUCAGCUCUCCAAGCAGUAUUCGAGCAGGGAUCUUCCUUCUCAUACGAAAAUUAAAUAUAGGCAAACCACUCAGGAUGCCCCUGAAGAGGUGCGCAACCGUGACUUCAGGAGGGAACUGGAGGAGAGGGAGAGAGUGGCAGUGAGAGAGAAGAACCGAGACAGGCCAGCGCGAGAACACACAACUUCCUCUUCAGUCUCAAAGAAACCUCGACUGGAUCAAAUCCCCGCCGCUAACCUGGAUGCAGAUGAUCCUUUGACUGACGAAGAGGAGGAGGAGGAUGAAGAUUACGAUGAAGAGAGUGACGACGACACAGCUGCUCUGUUAGCUGAGCUGGAAAAGAUCAAAAAGGAACGAGCUGAAGAACAAGCCCGGAAGGAACAAGAACAGAAAGCUGAAGAGGAGAGGAUACGGAUGGAAAACAUCCUGAGCGGUAACCCUUUGCUGAACCUUACGGGACCAGUACAACCUCAGACAAAUUUUAAAGUGAAGCGAAGGUGGGAUGACGAUGUUGUCUUCAAGAAUUGCGCGAAAGGUGUAGACGAGAUGAAAAAAGACAAACGAUUUGUCAAUGACACACUGCGGUCUGAAUUUCACAAAAAGUUUAUGGAAAAAUACAUCAAGUAGGAUCUUGUUUUUGAAUAGGUUGCGUUGCUGAUAGGUUGUGUGGCGCAAGUCACCUGCCUUUCAUCAGGAAAAUGCUGGCUUGGAUGGAAAUCUGUCAACAGUGGGCAGGUAUCCCCCAUGAUCAUAGCUAUCUUUUUAACUUAAUUCCUCGUCUGGCAUAUUUUUGCAUGGUUUAUUGUUGUAAACUUACCCCUUGCUGCUCUCUUCCCCCUCAUUUUCUUGAAAAUGUCGAUUUCCUUAUUGCUCUGAAUUUAUGUUCACUGGAAAAUCAUUUUGUAAAUGUUUUGAAAGCAACUUCCAAUAAACCCUUCACUCACUC